AUGGGGAAACGGAGAGCAAGCGUAACAAGGGAAGAACCUCAAAACGCUGGUCGCUACGACCUCUCGGUUCCACCAGGUUCAUUGGACGCCACAGAUCGCACAGGAAACGCAAAAGAAAGGGACUAGAAAAUGGACGAAUCUUCGGAUGAACGGUUCAUAACAGUCCUGGCGAAAUAUCAUUCCUGGAGAGGCGAACCUUGGCAGAUUCGUAGAUCCUGACGGAUCCAAGAGUGUAGGUUAUGCACCAAGUGAGAAUCCCAAGUUCGAGCAAAUCUGUGUAGAGAAAGCGAGAAUCUGUUUGGAACUAAAAUACGCCGUUCUAUGAAACGUCGUUAUUUCCAAUAAGCCUAAUGAGCUAUUGGAUUCGGGAUUCCAGUUUAGAUUUUUUUUUUCUCGGUAUGGAACAAUGCAGUAGUUCCAUUGCUUACUAGCAGGAUUGAUUCGAACAACUUUUGAAUUCAGAGGUGCUCAAAGAGAAGCAAAGACAAACCUCUCCAAUUGCUAGAAGAACGGUGUCGAAUACUAAGAAUUCGUCUGAACAAAUAACUAACAGGUCUCGGACGAUAGCUAUCGCUAGUGUGAGACCAGGGCAAGCUAUGCUCUCAGUUAUCAGACUGAACGGGAUUCUUAGCUAUUAGAACGGUGAAAAACUGGCUUCGGACCCAGAUAGGCAGAGCAACCCUCGAAUCGGUUGGCGAUCCGUAGAGGAGCACUGAAAGAAGUCCUGAGAAGCAGUUCUCUCUAAACUAAGCGAAAUUGUGUCAAAAUACACAUCGCGAAAUCCUGAAACAGGACCGUUAAGGCCUCAGGAGACCCAUCAAAGAGAGACUAUCAUCGUGCUCACACCGAGCUAGUUCAGGAGGCACACACAACAAAGAAGUUGAAGGUUGAGGUUUAGAGGCUGAGCUAUCAGUCGAAGGCGUCGCCAGAUGGCCCCUUCGCGAGGAGAGCUUCAGAUAACGCUCAAACGCCUUGCAAGCAGGAAAAUCCCAAAUUCCGAGGCUUUGAACUAGCAAUGUGA